GCCGAAUCAUUUUCAUGUGACCAUUUUGUGGUGUGAACAGGCACGUUUCGUACUGCAAUCGUCCGUUUUUUGUUAGCAAUUUUUCGAGGCAAAACAGUGAAAAUUAUUAUUAAAUUUAAAGAAAAGUGCUUAUAAACUAUCAAUAAUGAGUUCUAAACUAUCGCAAGCGAUCAACUGUUCGCUGGAAGAUUACAUCGCCGAGAAGGGAAUUGUCUCGAGCUUGCGAUCGAAAUCCGUCCAGGCAUCCGAGGCAAACUACUUCAAGCGGCCGAUGCGAUCGGAAAUGGACGAAGAGGAAUGUGACGAUCUCAUCUACGAGGAUCGUAAGGGUAUGGAGGUGGAAGAGAUCGAUGACGAUAUGCCCCCAUUGGUACGUGCCGGCGACCGUUCGAAUUCCGCCGAAACGUCGAUCAAGACGGAAGUUGACGAAAGCGGAGAGACGCGGCCGACCAACGUUUCGAUUCAGUUGGACAAUGAUCGCGAGUGUCGCACAUUCGUAACGGAGGAAAGAAAACGCGGAAUCAAGCACAUGCCGUCGCAGCAGUGGCGUUUGCGUCGCGAGAAUCAGGUGUGGAAGAAACCGGCCGGCGUUCCGCCACUGACUUCGAUCAAGGCCGUGUUCGACAGGAAUACGGAUCAGCUGAUUGCUUCGCUUGGCGAGAGCGCAAAGUUUCACAACGACGAUGCCAGGGAUCGUAUCAACCAGCGGUUGCACCAGAAUAACGGCCGUCAGAGGAACAACGGCAAUCGGAAUGGGAACCAGAAUUUCCAUCAAAACCGGAACCAAGGCCAUCAGAAUCGAAAUUUUCGGAACAACAACAACCGUAAUCAAUACGGCAAGAACCCGAACAUGGUUCCCAGUUUCAACCCGAGCACCGAUCGUAUGGAGCAGCGCAGCAGCACUCCAGCGGAUAGGAACCAGAUCCGAGAUUUGCGUUCGUAUAUCACGCCGCCGUCGUCGCUGCAAUCGCAAGCCGCCGUUGGUUCUCUGGUUCCGGGUGGUGGCGUCUGGAACAACCAGCCGAGUCAGCUGGGCCAGCCGCAGUUGGUAACAUUUGCCGACAUGCUAAACCAAAUUGGCCGAGCAGCGGACAAUCAGAACCGGGAAAUGUUUGCCAAUGUGAUUCGAAACGUGAUGCGGAACCAGCAACAGCCAACUCCGGGAAAUUCGAUGGUCCCAGUGAUGACACCCGAUGCGGUCUCCAUGAUGAAUCCCACCGAGUUGAUGCCGUUUGCCGCCCAAACGCUGCUGAAUCACAUCAGCACGGUUCAGCAGAACUUUGGUCCCAAAUAUGACAUGAAGGUGCAGAAGGAAAUCCACGCGUUGCAGGGAAAAUCGCUGCUCUAUCGAGCGAAUGGAGUGGUCAGUAUGGAUGGACCCGGCGUCGGGAACGACCGGGUUAAGCCGACUACCACAGAUCUGAGCAUGAACAUGCGUUUCAGUUAGAAUGUUUAUUCGACAAGGGGGUACUUUUCUCAGCAGAUCUGUGCAUUAUGAUUUGCCUAAAUUUGACGUUCGGACGAGCGAUUGAUGAAAAUAUGUUUUUUAUAUCAUCAUUUAUAUAACUGCAAAAUUGUUGAUUUUAGGUCAAGAGAUCUAUUCCCACAUAAACAUUGGUACCUUUUUUCGCGUGAAAUAUUAGAACGGAAGUUUUCAUUUACGAUCAAUCGUAUGGCUUGAAACUAGAUAAUUUGUAGACCACGGUUCAUUAAAUAACUCUACUUCAUAUAUAAAGUUCCGCUGUUUUGUUAGACCAAAUAAAUCUUAGCGAGUUCUUCCAAUAAAAAUGCUAAGGAAGAAAGUCCUACAUUUGUUUCUAAAGAAAUUCUUCAGUUCCGUUUCCUAGACCCUGAUAAUCAGCAAAUGUGAACAAAUGGUUAACUUUUUCGGGCCCAUCUUGAUGGGGUCAGCUGGAAUACCAUCUUCAAGCGACUUAUUGUUCUUGAGCUAUCAAAUGGCAUCCUUAACUUCACUUAUUCGACGUACUAAAGUUAUCAUUUACUUUCGAUGCUUUCUUUGAUCCUCAGUGCCUGCGUUCUCUGUUUGUUGAAGUGCUGCUUCCACCUUUUGAUCGGCUCACGUCUGUCCGUCUUUUGCAGAGGCGUCUCACAGUGGUCCAGAUUUGAAAAUACGUGGCAAAAAUUGCCAAAUCAUAGUACAGUAGACGUUCGAUCGGUACAAACGGUUUAACUGCAAUGCUUUUUAACUACAAGUCCGGUAAGUGCAACAAAUUUGCAGUUAUCGCACCGCCAAACGUCAAAAUCGUGCGCCAUGUUAGCCCAAAUGAACAGUCGGAUCACGUUCACGGUUAUUUAUUGUCGUUUGACAACUUGUUGACAUCUGUCAGUCGUUGCAGUUACCCAAUUUCGUUCGCUAAGUGAAACGUAAACAUGUUGCAGUUAUCGAACGUCUACUGUAGUCUGUUAGGUUUAGCCUAAAUGAAUAUACUGAAACAUUAUUGAGCUCUCAAUUACAUAUUAAUGUCAUUUUCAUUAGGCCGUUACAAAUAUUUAUUUCACUUUUUGUCCCACCACUCUUUGACUGGUCGAGGGGGGGAUAAAAAUAAUAAAGCAUUUAAUUUGAAAAAUAUUAAAAACUCAUCAGAUUUGUUAAAGAAUUUCGAGCAAGACCCGAAAUUUUGAUAAAUAUUUUUUUGUCUGCCCCCUCAAAAUGCAAAAUCCAGCCAAAAAUUUUUGAAGGGGGGGGGAGACAAAAAGUCUAAUUAAAAUUUGUAUCAGCCUUAUUUGUCGGUUUUUUUUUUCGAACGAAUACCGAACAAAAUUGUUGUUUUACAUACAAUUUGGCUACCGUGAGGUGCCCAUAUUUCGUGCACUUAAGAAUUCUCAAUGUUUAAAUAAUAAACGUCUGAAAUUUUACCAUAAAGUAUAUCAGAUUAAUUUCUUCAAUAAUAUUUUGUGCUGGUACUGUAGCUCUCAAGAAAAAUAUAAAUUAGGCAACUUCACAUUAUACGAGAUAGGGUAAUUGUUCCCUUCGUUGUGGUAGUACCUAAAUGUUGCGGUAGUGGCAAUUGGGUUUUUAAAUUAAGAAAAAUGUAUUGAUUUUUUGAUUUUAUACGAAAGAGCACCUUUUUCUGAACCACCAUGAUUUUUUACAGAUUUUUAGAACUUCAUUUUGGUACAUAAAAUCGCUUUCGAAGAGAUUUUUCGAAAUCACCUUUUGACAGCUGGCCAACUGCUUGACAGCUCCGCCCAGUACAAAAUGCGUUGAGGGGUGAUUCGACAAAUCGCUCCCAUACAAACUUCAAACUGAUUUUUAAAUAGGUUUCCGGGCUCCAAAAUUCAUGAAAAUUUGGAUUUCGGCUCAGUUUUGCAUGCAGAUUCUGAAUAUGGAAUUAUCUCAACACCGCUAAAGAAGCCAAUUGAGCACUUUUUCGACUGAAAUGUUACCAAAAGGCAUUUUUAAUAGAUGUAUUAUGCUUAAAUUAUGAGAUUGCACCAUUUGUGUGCUUAAGAUUUGCCCAAAAACCUAUUUUAAAAAAAUAUUUUCCUUAAAUUUUUUGCUGCUGUGUUCUUUUGUUGGGGUAGUAUUCCUAAUGUUGCGGUAUCCCAUAUGAUUUCAAUGGGAUACCGCAACAAUACGAACCAAAAUUAAAUUUUACCUCCAUAAUAGGAACAGUGUGCCUAAUGUUGUGGUAAGCGAUUUAUGAUCGAAAACAGAGAGAAACGAUAGUUUUUAUAUUUUUCCAAGCAAAUUUGGAUAGAAAACUGCCAACUAACGUUUUGCAACCCUUCAUUAGAUGGUACGAUCAUUGUUUUUAAAAUGAAUUUACCGUAAUACCACAACGAUGGGCACACUUACCCUAGUUACA